UUAUUAAUUACUAUACUAUUGGAUUUAAAUUAUAUUCCACGUUUUCUCUAAAAAUAUUGCUCAUUCAUAGAUUAAACAAUAAUCAGACUUUACUUAGCAAGAAAGGAACCUUAGGUGAAGCUGAACAAAGAAGACAAUACUCGUUGAAUCAACUACUACAAUAAAAGAUGACACUCCAAUCAAAAAAACAUUAUAAGGAUAAAUCCAUUGUACAAAAUAUAAAUGGAUUUCCUAUGAAACCAUUCAAAGGAACAAAAUUUCAUUUAGGAGAUGGUCAAAAUACUGAUUUACCAACUUUAAAGAAAAGGCCAAAAGCAGGAAUUGACCCAUCUACUGAAUCACAAAUGAAGAAAGCUAAAAUUGAUGAUCCCUUAAAUGUAAUGACCAAACUUGAAGAAUUCAGUGAUGUUUGGAAUGAUUGUCCAGAUGUUGAAAAUCCUAAAAGUGAUUUUGAAAUUGUUCCAUCAGGUAAAAAUGUGGACAAAAAUUUGAAUAGGGAAAAUAAAUAUGAAAAGAAAAUGAAAAAUUUUGAAGGUUUCAAAACAUCUAAGUGGUCUGAUCGUUCUGAAGCUAAACAAAAUGCACACAUGAGGGAUGAAGAUGGUCAUAAUAAUUUCCACAAUUUAAAAAAUAAGGUUGAAACAAAUAAAAUUGCAGCUAAAGAAGAAGUUGCAGUUGUAGAAAAUCAUACUAAGUCUGAGAAAUAUGACUCAAAAAUAGCAGAAAUGAAAAGGAAAAAAGCUGUCCAAGAGCAAAGCCAAUUACAUGCAGAUCAGAAAAACAUUAUAAAAAAAGCUUUGUCUACACUGGGAAAGGAACAGGUUAACAAAAAGAUCGUUUUCAGUGAUGCUGAAGAGUCAGAACCCAAAGUUAGUUUAGAGGGUAAAACAAACAAAUUAUUUGAAGACGAUGACAGUGCAUCUGAACAAGAGGUUGAUUUCAAACUCAAAGUCAACACUCAGUUUGAAGGAAAGAAAGGUCAUAAGCUUAUGGAACUCCAGUCGAAGUUUGCAAGUGAUUCUCGAUUUAAUUUAGAUUCAAGGUUUCACGAGAGUGAAUCUGAGAAUGAACUGGAUGAAGCUCACACUGAAAGUGUAGACAUCGAAACUGAAAAGAAGAGACAGCUUGAAAUACUGGAAAGCAUUGUUAAACAGCCAAUCAGGCCAUUUUCUGAAGCAAGAAAAAUAACUGAUGCAAAAUCUGAUGGAUCUUUAAUGGUAAGAUUUGACCCUACAAGAGAAGAUCACCAAAAAUAUUUAUUAAAACCUCAAAAACCUUCUGAGGAUAAGGAACCACAAGAUAAAACGAAAAAGUCAAAGAAAGAACGUAACACUUUACUAAAUGAAGAGAGUAGACCUCAAGUAUCCAAGGAGAAGGUGUAUGAUGUGAAAGAAGAUUUAAAAGAGGUUCUUAAGCAAGGCAACAAAUCUGAUUUCAGCCUAUUAAAGUUGUUUGGAUCUAAAGAUGAGGAUACAAAUACACAACAACAAUCUGGAAGUGAAAGUGUAAAGAAAUUAAAGUACGCUACAAAAAAUCCAUUCAAAUACGACUCGAGUGAAUCUGACUCCGAAGAAGAAGAAGAAAAGGUCAAAAGCUUGAAAACAAAACCUACCAUUCCCUCUUGGAAGACAACAUUCUUUUUUACUGAAAAUGACUCUCGACUAAAGGAAGCAGAAGAAUUUUUAAAACUGCCCGAAGAACAUGAGGGUGACCAAGAGUUUGCUGAAAAGCGUAAAAUGUUAAAAGACUUCAUACGUCAUAAAGUGAAGAACAGCAACCGCAAAAAAGAUCCUUUCAAGAAAAAACUUGGUGGAGGAAGUAAGAAAUCAUUUCAUAAAAAGAAAGGGAAGUAAUACCUCCCACUGUGCAAAUUUAUAAAAUGAUUUAAGUUGUAUAUUUUUUAUACAGAUUGUUAUGUUUUAUACUUUGCCGACUGAACCAAAUGUGGAAAUGUACAUAAAUUAUUUGUAUAAAAUAAAUCAAAUAUAUCAUUAUAACACUUUGUGUAUUUCCAAUGGUAAUUUUUGCUUUAUCUACAUUUACAUAAUUAACGACAACAUUAAAGUCUUAGAGAUAAAAAAUGCAAUUCUUCAAAAGAACUCUUCAGCCUCAC